UGGCACCUGAUCCCACCUCUGAUGUUUUGGAGGUCUGUGUUUGCUCUGCUCCUAUUUUGUAUCGUUUUAUGGACUUUUGACCUUGAAUACUGUUUGUUAUCUCCAUAUGUUUCAUUACAGCUAAAGAGACAUGGUAGAAUUAGUGUGAACAGUGCCGAGCUCUAUGACAUGCUGACAGACGUGUCCAGCGGUACCGGUCGUCGUGAUCUUGGUCAACAAGAGGAAGGCGACAUUGGAAAUUCCGGAAAAGUAGGCAGCCAUGAGAAUCUUCAUCAACUACCACAAGUCAGACCAAGAAGAACAACACCAGUUUCAGAUAUGUCGGUGUUUACCGUGGGGAAUAGAAGUAAAUCAUUUCCAUUUAAGAAAGAUCUACCAUCGCCCACUUCCUCUGUGAGAAAACUUGAUGCCAGGUCAUUGGAAAAAGAGCUUCUUGUCCAGUUCAAAAACAGACGACUUCACCCUCACUCUCACGUACAGAUGGGAAUAAACAAAUCACCAAGGCAACGACUUCAGAACUCAUUCUACCCACAUGCCAAACAACUAGCUGUCCAGUCAUUGGAUCAAUUUCAACAUAACGUUGACAGCGCCACGAUGAUAACAUGCACGGCAGACGACCAUAUUACGGUUGACGUCAUGGACACUUCCGACGUAAUGAGUAAAACUGUACACAUGGACAAUCAAAGUGUUGAUGGCAGGAUACAUAACAUUUCGGACACAAAAACAACUACACCUAAGAGUCGCUUCAAUACGACUUCGACCGUACAAAACGCUUAUUUUGAUAGUGAGCAGAAAUUAAUACCAAAAUGGAGGAGCUUGAAUGAUGUUAGUGACUCCGCAUUUUACUCCACAACCAGAAAACCUAGAGGUUAUGCUGUUAUAAUAAACAACUAUGAGUUCUACAAAGAGAUGAUAGCAUUAACACACAGUGGACCGCAAACACUCCGAAUGAUACAGAAAGGUUUGAGGCGAGAUGCCUCAAUAGAAGACGCAGAUAAGUUGAGUCGAUUCUUCAGGGAUGAACUGCAUUUUAUUGUCAAGGGAUACGCAAACGUACCUGCUUACGACAUGAUCAAGAUUCUUAGUGACGUCAGCAAUGCGGACCAUGCCCAGUUUGACGCGUUUGUAUGCUGUAUUGCUAGCCACGGCAGGAGAGGGACAUUGUUCGGGAGCGACUGUCGAGAAAUUAAGGUAGAAGAUGUCACCAGUCUUUUUACCGGAAGUCGAUGUGUCUCUCUUUCAGGGAAACCAAAAUGUUUCUUCAUUCAAGGUUGUCGAGGAGACCAUUAUAGUCUAAAAGGCAUUUUAAGUGGACCAGCCAAUGGUGUAUCACGUGACCAGCAUUACAUUCCUCCCACAAGCGAUUUCCUGAUAGGUUAUUCCAUGGUCAAAGACUGUACAGAAUUUCAUGUACGACAAAGUGAAAGUCUUUUAUACAAGACACUUCUGAAGUACUACAGAAAAUACUCCAAGAGAUACGAUCUUGUUAACAUCAUUGUUCGUGUUAAGAAAACGUUAGCCAAGUUGCAGGAGAAAACAAUUGGAGCAGAGAAUGUGUUCGAAUGUAACUUUAGAGCUCAACUAGCAUUCUAAAAACAAUUAAAUGAACUUGUACAAAGAUUUUUAUAUUGUUUUAUUUCUUCAAAGUGAUGAUUUAAGGAAGCUUUAAACACUGCACACUAAAGAGCUCCACUUAUAGGGUAGUUUUAUACAGUUAGAGG